UGCACAAUUAUUGCUACUCCACUACCCAAACACUUUCCAAAUCUCUCCACAAAAUGCGUUAAAGCCCAAAGGGUAGCCAAGAAAACACAUAAAUACCAGAAAGCAUCUGUUCCAAGACAGGCCAUUCUUUUUUCUGUAAUCUGUUUCUGCAUUACAAUGAGCAACUCAAAGAAGCUGAGUGUGGCGCUCUCAAGCAUCUUGGUGUUGAUGUUGCUACUUGAUUUUGGCAGCUCAAACAUAGACCAAGAUAGGGCGGAAUGUGCAGACCAACUAGUAGGGCUUGCCCCAUGCCUUCCUUAUGUAGGUGGUGAUGCCAAAGCUCCCACAAUAGACUGUUGCACUGGGAUUAAAGGAGUCGAGCAGAAGAGCAAGAAAUGCCUCUGUGUCCUAAUUAAGGACCGCGACGAUCCGAAUCUUGGCCUCAAGAUCAAUGCUACUCUUGCAUUACAACUUCCUACUUCUUGUCAUGUCCCUGUUAACAUAUCUAGAUGUGUUGAUCUCUUGAAUUUGCCAUCAAACUCUCCGGACGCUAAGAUGUUCAGGGAAUAUGCAAACAAGACUGCAGCUAGCAGCACUGCCCCUAUAGCCAGUGGGAAUUCUACAAGCAAUGGUACAGUUGCUCAACCAAAGAGUGAUGGUGUGAGCCUGGAAAAGAGAUUGCUGGGAGUGGAGAUGCUUUUUGGGAGCUUAGCCUUAAUGUGGUUUUAUACUUAACACCUUGUGUUUUAGGCUUGAUUGAUAUAAGUAAGAUGAAUUGUCCCUAUUUGACCUCUGAGUGUGUGUGUGCUAUUUCUACAAUUAUAUUGGAUGUAUGAAUCAAUUGGAAUCAUUUCAAACGAGUGUGUACAAGCUGAUUCAACCUUUUUUUUAUGUCCUGUUGUAAUGAAAAAUGUACACAAAUUUCUAGCAA